UUCGACAGUAUUGUACUUUAGCUCGUUCAGUUCGGUUGGGUGUGUUAUCUAUUCGUGGCGCGCGGCAGCACUAACAGCAAAAGCAGCAGCCAUUUUCCAAAGUGUGCGUGUUUACAGAAGAAAAAGUGUGAUUUUGGUACAUUUUUAUUUCGAGACGGCUGAAGUAGCAAAAUUUCUAGUUAGAAAAAAUGGCUGGAGGAAAAGCUGGUAAAGAUUCUGGAAAGGCGAAAGCCAAAGCCGUUUCUCGCUCGGCGCGUGCCGGAUUACAGUUCCCCGUUGGCAGAAUUCAUCGGCACCUGAAGAACCGUACUACGAGCCAUGGGCGCGUCGGGGCCACCGCAGCCGUAUACUCUGCCGCUAUCCUGGAAUACCUGACAGCUGAGGUUCUCGAAUUGGCCGGAAACGCCUCCAAGGAUCUGAAGGUGAAACGUAUCACGCCCCGUCACUUGCAGCUAGCCAUCCGCGGAGACGAAGAGCUGGACAGUUUGAUCAAGGCGACGAUCGCCGGCGGUGGUGUCAUUCCACACAUCCACAAAUCGCUGAUCGGCAAGAAGGGCGGUCCGGAAUAACCUCCCUGCUAAGGUGGCAGAGUAGGCAAGGGGGUUCUUCUGAUUGAUCAAACCAAACUGUUGAUUAUUUCCCGGAUUCAAGACCUAUUUCUCCGACAACAAAAAAAAUAUGUAUCUAACGAUUUUAUUGAGUAUAAUAGUCGCGCGUAGGCGGCUGAAGGUAGACAGAGAAAUAAGAGAAUCUUGGUUCUUAGUAGAAACAAUAAUGUUGAAUUGACAGACAGCGGGCGGACACGACAUUCUUGUUCGUUACUAUGUUUAGUAUCAGUUUUUAAACCAAUUACUACAGACGUUAGUGUAGCGUUUUUUUCUUCCUCUAGAGAAAAAGUCAGCUUUACAUUGAGCUGAUCGACGUAUUUCUUUAACAAUCGAAUGCGACAGUUAAAUAAAAGAAACUUGAUUUCUCGACA